AUGAAGCCCCAGACGACCAUGAUGUGCUGUUUUGUAUUUUUUCUGGCCACAGAAUGUUCCUACAAUAGGCCCCAAAUCCACACAAAAGACGGACAUAAAUAUCAAAAGCCUGAAGAAAAACCAAAGGUUGGAAGGACACAAGAGAAAUGCCAAGGACCUUGUAGCACUCCCAACUGCACCCGACCUUGUACCAAAAACUUUCAUGGAGAAAUAAAAUUUACAUGUCAUCAAAAAAAGUGGCAAAAAUCAAUGGAAACCUGUACAAGCCUUUCUGUGGAAACCCUCUUCCAGGACUCGAAAGGUGAAUCACGAGUUUCCAUAGCAGCAGCAUCUAUGUCUCUGCCCAGUUUUAACCUGAGAGCCCCAGAGCCUAUCAACGAUGUGGUUCAAGGUAUCUACAAGAACUGCCCCCUGGACUAUGCCUGCAUCAUCGAUCCUGUGAAGUCUUCAGAAGUCACAUCUGGCAAUAUUGAAUUUAUAGUGGAGUUACUAAAAAAUAUUUCGACAGGCUUACCCGAUAAUGUUACCCGCGAGAGAAUGAAGAGUUACAGCGAAGUGGCCAGCCACAUCCUGGACUCCGCUGCCAUUUCGAAUUGGACCUUUGUUUCCAACAAGGACGCCAGCUCGGACCUGCUGCAGUCGGUCUACGGGUUUGCCCAGAAGCUUCGCCUAGACAACAAGUCGGAGAACAUCGUAGACAACCUCUUCAUUCAGACCAAGGGCUUUCGCAUCAACCACAAUACCUCAGAGAAACAUUUUAAUUUCUCCUUGAACCUGAAAAACACAACGGAAGGUAUCUCCGGAAUAAUAGAAAUUCCCAAGCAAGAGCUGGGGAAGCUGCGGAACGCAUCCCAAGUCGUGAGCAUCGCCUUUCCCACCUUGGGGGCCAUUCUCAGAGAAACGCACUGGCGGAGUGUGAGUCUGCCCAAUCUGGUCAAUGGUCUGGUCCUAUCGGUGGUUUUACCAGACAGCUUGAAGCAAAUCAUCCUCACCUUUGAGAAAAUCAACAAAUCCCACAAUGGCAAGUCCCAGUGCGUGGGCUGGCAUUCCAAGAAAAAGAGGUGGGAUGAUAACGUGUGCGUAAUGACAUGGGACAUCAGGAACGAAGUGAGAUGCCACUGUAACACCAGCAACGCUGUGAUGGCCUUUUCCAUUCUCAUGUCCCCCAAGUCCAUCACUGACAAAGUACUGGAAUACGUCACCUGCAUUGGGCUCAGUGUCUCCAUCAUCAGCCUGAUUCUUUGCCUGAUCGUUGAAGCUGUCGUGUGGUCCCGGGUGGUGGCCACGGAGAUUUCAUACAUGCGCCAUGUGUGCAUUGUGAACAUAGCGGUAUCACUCUUGACCGCUAACGUGUGUUUCAUCAUUGCCUCAAGCUUUAAGAGCAAGGGCCCGGACUACAACUUGUGUGUGGCGGUGACCUUUUUCAGCCACUUUUUCUACCUCUCACUGUUUUUCUGGAUGCUCUUCAAAGCACUGCUUAUUAUCUAUGGCAUCUUGGUCGUGUUCGGUAGGAUGAUGAAGUCCCGCAUGAUGGCCAUUGGUUUUACCAUUGGCUACGGGUGCCCAUUGGUCAUCGCUGUCACCACUGUUGCCAUCACCGAGCCUGGCAAAGGCUAUGUGAGAGCUGAGGCCUGUUGGCUUACCUGGGACAAUACCAAAGCCCUGUUAGCAUUUGUCAUCCCAGCCUUGGUCAUUGUGACUGUGAAUCUCCUUGUGGUUUUCGUAGUGGCCAUCAACACUCAGAGGCCCUCCAUUGGCAGUUCCAAGUCUCAGGACGUGGCUACCAUGAUGAGAAUUAGCAAAAACGUUGCCAUCCUCACCCCAUUACUGGGACUCACCUGGGGUUUUGGGGUCAUUACGCUCAUUGAAGGCAUUCCUCCAAUAUUCCAUAUAAUCUUUGCCCUACUCAAUGCUUUCCAGGGGUUCUUCAUCUUGCUGUUUGGAACCAUUAUGGACCACAAGAUAAGAGAUGCUUUGAGGAUGAGCGUGACUUCGCUGAAGGGGAAGUCAAGGGCAGCAGAGAACCCCCCAUUAAGUCCAACCAAUGGAUCUAAAUUAAUGAGUCGCUGAGGAGAAGCAUUCAUGAAGAGGACAAUCAGUCAUGAAAUGGCAGCCAAUCACCCGAGAGCUGUCGAGGAG